UAGCGGUGUAUACUUUGUCCCACUGCGCUGUCGUGACGCGACGCCUUACCGACGCUCGGCGUCCUUUCCCAUUGAUGAGAAAAAACGAGGUAAUACUUGUGAAGUGAAAUAAAUCAUCGUGAGCAUCGAAUAUUGUCUGAUUAUCGAGGGAUAUUCAGUGUGUGAGAUUUAUUGAUAAAGAAUAAGCUGGAAAUAAUGGAGAACAGACCGGCGCCACUACGUUCCAGGCGGGUUUGUCGAUUCUGCCUGACCGAGUCUGAGCCGUUGAACUUUAUAUACGAGAGGGAUCCCAACAAGCCCUUCCAAGUGCCACUUGCUCUACAGAUUAUGUCCUGCGUUGCCAUCGAGAUAUACGCAGCGGACGGAAUGCCGCAGAUGAUCUGUACGAUGUGCCGCUGGAAUCUGGACCGUUCCUACAAAUUCAAACAGCAAUGCAAAAAAGCAGACGAGGCCCUGCGUGCCUACCCGAUGACUGGCACACUUCCACGUCCAUUCCCACCGAUAACGAACGAGGUACCGGAGGGUUCGAAUAAGCGGCCAGCGGAGCAGAGGCCAUCCUCGGAGCAGUCGAAAAAGCCCCGGGUGGACAAUGGAGACAGGGAGCGUCGAGAGCGUGAGUCCCAGUCAAUGAAGUCCGAGCGCGAGCUCUACAAAGAGGAGACCGAGCACGAUAGUGAGGGCGAUCAGGAGACCGGGGGAGACCAGGAAGAUCGCAAGCUUGAACCUGGUGAAAUACGUGUGCACGCGUGUGACCAGUGCGAGCGAACAUUUCCCCUCCGUCAGGCCCUGCAAUUGCACAUACAACGAGCUCAUCGCGAUCGCAACUACAAAUGCACCAUCUGCGACCGAAUGUUCUUCUCCAAAUACGAUCUGCAGAAGCACAUGGCAACUCACUCAACGGACAAGCCUCACAUCUGCACGAUCUGCAACAAGUCAUUCACAAGGGCGAACCUCCUCCAGCGCCACGAGAAGGUCCACCGUGAGGACAUGCGCUAUGCCUGCCAGCACUGCGAUCGUGAAUUCUUCACCCCUGAGGAGUUAGAAAAGCACGAGGACACGUCUCACAAGACAGCCAAACCCUUCCAAUGCAACAUAUGCAACAAACGAUUUACAUACAAGCAGGGACUCGAACGCCACGAGAUGCUGCACAACGAGGACAAGACAUUCACCUGUGAAUACUGCAAGGAGGCAUUCCGCACAAGCACGAAAUUAGCUCGCCACCUCACCACUCAUGCUGGUCAUCGUCCUUAUAUGUGCAAACUCUGUCCACGAACUUUUUUGCUUUCCCACCACUUGACGAGACACAUGCGCUCGCACUCUGUUGAGAAACGCCACGUCUGCGAGGACUGCGGCAAAGCAUUCAAGCGCAAGGAGAGCCUUGAGGUACAUCAGCUCACACACACCAAAAGAUCGGGGAUGGGUCUAACUUGUGACGUCUGCCAGGAAUCGUGUCGCAAUCGUGCCGAUUAUGUGACUCAUAUCAAACAGCAUAUCGAGGCUGGUGAGAAGAUGGGACCUGAUGGCCUCCAGCCGGAUCUCAAGGACAAGAUCGAGACUGAGUCUGAGGAGGAGGAGGAGGAGGAGCAGUACUCAGAUGGGGAUGAUGAUUACGAGCCACCGGCGUAUGUCGUCAAGAAGCUGCCAAAGGUCGCCAAGCCACCGUCUGAGAGUGAGGAGGAGCUUGAGAAGGAUGACAGGAAGGAUCAGGUUGUUUUUGUUCGUGGCAAGGAUGGCACUAUCGUCAAGAAAACUAUUAAAACGUUAAUGCCGAUUCAGAGACAGGAGACCAGAAGCUCACCGAGAAAUGUUCAGGGUAAGGCACAGGUGAAGAGGGAGGAAUCACCAAAGGCCACGCGAGGUGUUGAUGAUACUGAGGCUGAGGUACAGAAGAUCGUGGCUUCGGUAUUCAAAGAGCACAAGCUGUCGUUGAAGACUGAAGCUGCAGAAAAGGCUGAGGUCACCCAGAAGCAGGUGAAGGAGGAGGUCAAGUCUACUGAGGGAACUCCCAAGGUCAAUACUGUGAAGGUCAUCAAGAGAAUCGUAGUGAGGAAACCAGGAGGCGGCACCGAGACCACCACCACUACCACCAAGGAAAUCAAGGAGGCUGAAAAGACUGCUGUGACACCUGGUGCGAAGGUCACCAAACGAGUAAUCGUCAGGAGAAUUAUCAGGCAGGGAGACACCACUCGCGAAGUUAUUAUGAAUCCUGAUGGAACUAUUAUUGAUCCUGCUGAGUUGGCGAAACUUCCCACUGGUAAUGUUGUUAAGAGAGUUGUGGUGAAAAAGCCUGUGGAGAAAGUUCAGAAUGUCGUUCAGGUCCUCCAAUCGAGUUCUGAGGCUCGCAAUGUUGUCCCAGAAUCCAAUAAGUUUGAAUUGAAGACUUCGCAAGCCUCAUCCAGUGCGGGAGUCCCCGAGAAACCUGUUAUUCAGAAAAUCGAAGUGAAAAAACCCCCCGUUGUCAUAUCUAAGGACGAUCAGGAAACGAAAGAGAAGCUUGAGCAGUUGGAAAAGAGGGUGGAGGCGCAGAGAAUUAAAAUUGAGGAACUCCAGGCAAGGAAGCAGCAGGAGUACGAUCCAGCCGAUGAGAUGUCACUCCCUGAACGGCAUGACUCUGAGGAUGAGCAGGAGUUGCCUCUUAAACGAGUAUUCGUUAAGCGAAAUAAGAGUAUGUAUGAUGAGGAGCAGGAGUAUAAUGACACUGAAACCAAGACAGACGAGAGGGAGGGCGAGGGGGGCUCUGAUAAAUCCAAGGAUACAGAUGCGGGUAACAAGAAAAUGCCUUUCAUUAAAACGGAGGAUCCGUCGGAAGUUGAGGAGAUGAGUAGGGAGUUGAGUAGUAUACUCGAGUCGACGGAUAAUGUCGUCAAGAUGCAGGAGAAUGUGCUAAGCAAUUUGACGGAAAUGUCAGGGAUCAGUGAGGGUCAGGAGGUGACUGAGGAUAAUGUUGAUAAGAGUGUGGAGGAGGAACAGCAGCAUGGGGAUGAGAUGGUCACUGAUGUGGAGAAGAAUUCGGAGGAGAUCAAGACGGAACGUUUAACGCAGGAGGUGCAACCCAUGGAGAUGGAGGCGGAACAGGUGCAGGCUGGUGAGGAUCAGGGGCAUGAGCCAAUGGCUGAGGAACAGGCGCUCUCUGAGUCAACUGAUAUCUUUGAGACUACAGCUGACAGCUCUAUCUGUCAGAAGGAUGGAAAUCUCGAUGAAUCCGUUAUAGCACUUUCGCAGAGCAAUGAAACUAUCAAUUUGAAUGAGACUAAUGAGAGCCAGGAUAGUCUUGAGGAUGAACUGCAGAAGAUUGCGGGGUGAGGAGACUCCUCCAGGGAUUAAAAGAUUUAUGAGUUGAGAAAUGAUGGCAUCACAUUGUGGAUGUAUUUUCGUAAGAAAUUCUAACGCUUCCUUCGAAGAAUUCGGAAUUAUUUCUUUCUUUCUGUUUUGAGAAUUUCCAGUGAGAAUAUUUAAAACACUUUGUCGUAGAUUUUUCUGUACCGAUUUGUCACCACUGAAAGGCAUACAUUUUUUAAAAGAAAAAAUAGCAGAGAUUCGGAGACAAAUCGAUUCUUCGAGGUGAAUCAAGUAAAUUGAUUUGUGACCUUUUCCGUCAUUACAAGUAAAUUCACACAGAAAUACAAUACCCCUUGAAUUUUCUCUACCAAAUAAUUACUCAAAUGUACCUCGGUAAGGACUAUAAUCAGAGUGAAUUUUUCAAACCACUUUGGAUGAAGCGUUAGGUUUUCUUUAUUAUUUGUUUUUUUUUUUCAACGUGAACUUACGAAGGCCGUUCAGAGGAGUUUUCGAAAUACGUAUUGAUUUAGCAAGAAUUUUUCUAGAUUUUGUUUUCAAGUUAUUGAUAAGAAACUUAUUUAAUUUUUAAUAAAUUGAAAAGGAUAUCUAGAAAAAUUUAUUAAAAAAUCGAAAAAUCAUAAUGGAAAUGACGUAAAGAUCUUAUCUAAAAUUCAGGUUAAUGUCAUCCUUGACUUUUUCAAAAUCCUGAUGGGACCGCAUUCUCUCUCGUUAGGGAAUUCUUAUACUUGAAUUCGCAGUCAUUUAGUCAAUACUUCAGGACAUUACUUCUUUUUUAUCAAUAUUGAAUAGAUUCCGUGAAUGAUAGAAUAAUUGAAUCCAACAAUAUCGGUGCGUAUGAGUAUGACUUUAUGCAUCUGGCUCUUCCUCGUGGUCAAAUUUUUGAAUGUGUAACAAGUCUGGGGGAUUAUUUAGAGAUAGUUUUUUUUCCGAUGAUUUAAGGAUCUUGAUUAUUUUUAUGCAGAUAUUUUAGAAGAUACGAGGAGUAUCUUGAGAAUAAUUGUAAGGACUUACGUGUGGGGAUUUGUACACAGCCCUUUUCGUUGGUUCAUUAACACUGAACUUUUAAUUUAGUAAUUGGAGGGAUUAAAACUGAUUGAACAAGUCUUUUGUUUCUAAAUAUAAUGACAAUGAGUGCACACCUCGAGAUAAUUAUUUUCUAUUCACUGGAGUCUCUGGAUGCUGCGAUGAAUGUCGAGUCGUUGGAAUUUUUUCAAUCUCAAUGGAAAAUUUUUUUAUUAAUCUCCGAAAUAAGAAUGAAAUCUCCGGAUGAAAUCUCCGAAAUUUUUGGUCCGUCAAUGUACACAAUUUGUAAAUAUGCGGAGAUGUUUUAGCAUUAUUCGACACUUUUGGACGAAAUGGCAAUUAAUGUACAUAUGCAAUGAACAUCCGUAUUUUCACGGGAUUGAAAAUUGAUUCGAAAUCAUUAAGACUUCAUUAUUGAGGACCUUGACUUUUCAUCGAGAUUUAUUAUGGUACACACGUGGCAAUAGAAUCGUGCAUCCUUAGACGAAUGUAAUCACGCGAAUUCAUGGGAAAUAUAAUAUGUAGAUUACUUGAAGAACAUGAAACUAUUUGAAUGAUGUAUCGAAAUACAAAGUGUGCUGUGUAAGUGUAAAAAAUUGAUUUUUCAUUCAGUCUCCCUGUCUUCACAACAAUACACAUUUUAUCACAUAUAUAAAACCUAUUUAUUUCCUAUAUUAAUACAUCUUAAUACAUUGAACAUUAAAUACUUCAUUAUCGAACAUUUUCAGGUCCACAAGUCAUGAAAAUUCGUAAUUAGAACUCAAUCUGUGUUUCGUAAAUAUCUUUGUAAAUAUCAGAAGUAUGGAACGGACACUUAUGUACACUCAGAUGAUGAAUUUUAACGAUUACAUAAAUAUAUAUCGAAUUGGCAGUGAAUAAAUAGGAUAAUGACAACAUCGAUGCACUCCGGUGAUAUUGACGUGCAGGACGAAAGCGAAUUCAUGCUGGUUACUGUCUCGUACCAAUAAUGUCACGUUUAUUUCGAGAUU